UUAAUGAGCCGGGAGCCAGGGCAGCGGGAGCGGUUUUAAAGGAGGACGAGGGGCAGCAGGCGGCAGAGCGCAGGCAGCGGCAGGCAGCGCCCGCACCGCCGGGAGCCGCUCGCUGCUGUCCGCCCCCCGCCACAUCCCGCCCCGGGGACGGGGGCACCGGGGGACCAGCCCAAGGGGCACGCACAUUUAAACCCCCGGCGUCUCUUUAGGUACCUGCUGUCUCGCCAUGAAGCUCCUGACAGCAGCUUUGCUUCUGCUCUUCAUCGCCAUGUGCUUAGCCAGCGCGGAAGGCGUAAAGUGCAAAUGUUCGAGAAAAGGUCCUAAAAUAAGAUUCUCUAAUGUACGGAAGCUGGAAAUAAAACCGAGGUACCCGUUUUGUGUGGAAGAGAUGAUUAUCGUGACUCUGUGGACGCGGGUGAGGGGCGAGCAGCAGCACUGCUUAAACCCCAAACGCCAAAACACAGUGAGGCUGCUGAAGUGGUACCGAGUAUGGAAAGAGAAAGGCAGGGUUUAUGAAGAAUAAGAGGAAGCAGCAUGAGGAAUGGAGAGGACUCCCUUGGCUGGUGAAGGACCAGGCUCCGCAGAAGAUUAUUUCUCUCACAGACAUAAACCACAAAUUCUAUAUUAUUAUAAAGCACUUUUUACCAAGGGUCAGUUUUUACAUUUUAUAGCCGUCUGCAAAAGGCUUCCAGAUUUCACAAGCAUCUGUUGCACUUCAGAUUUCAUACCCGCCUGCUCUGUACCAAGUCUCAUGCUUUUCAUUUUAAAGAGGUUGGUUUGGGGUUUGUUGGUUUUUUAUUGUUACUCAUUCAUACUUCACUAUGAUUGCAAUCGAGCUUUAUAAGCUCAUUAGACAAACAGUAAUGCUUGUAAAGGUGUUCUACAGCCAUGUCCCUCACCCUUUCGCAGUGGGAAAACUUUGGUGCUGUGGUUGUUUGUCAUGUUUGCAGCCCCCACCUUAGUCUGGCAAAGUGGGGACCAAAGAUGGGUUUGCUGGGGAAGAUGCCACUGCAACAUCGUGGCUGUAGCUGCAGAAGCGAGGUCCCUCAGCACAUCGUCAGAUGAGCGUGAACAUCACUUGUGUACCUCUUCUUUAACGGACUUGAGGUCUUGCUGCAAGGUGAAGUGUACCAUAUCUCCCAUUUAACAUCUCAUGUGUUAGAAAGCAUUUCUAGGUCAUUUUUAUUACUAAGAAAAUGUUUAUUUUUUUCUCCACCUGAAGCUCUUACAGAAAGUUUGUGGCUUCAGUAUUGAGAUAUUUUAAGCUUCAAGACUAUUGUGUAUGAUUUCCUAGAUUUGUAGCAACAAAAAAGCCUUUAAAAAGGUACCUUUUUAUGAAAAAUAUGCUAGGGCAAACAAAUACCUAUAUAUGUUUUAGUCACAAUACCACAUAUUCAUUAUUUUGAAUGUAAUACUUCGAUGUUAAGCAGUGCAUUCCUCUUUUUAAAGUAACAAAACUACCUUUUCAUUUGUAAAUAUACUAUAGGAAGUCUCCCUAUAUUAUCUUGCUGUAUAAUGUACUGUAUUGCUAAAUUAUCAUAUGCUAUUUAAAUGUUUGAAAUAUUUAGAAGGUUGCAUGCAGAUUUCAUAUUUCUUUCUAAGACAAAUGAAAAAAAGUAAUAAAAAUAUAUUUAAAAA